GUUUUCAGUUUUCAGUGAUGUGACAGUAGUGCAAAAUUGCAAUCUUUGAUCGUCAAGAAGAGCGGGGUGCAGAAAAUAAUAAGAGAAUUUUCGGCAUUCCGAAAUACAGACGAUUUGAAUUAGAAAAUAUUUGAAUUGGAAGAAUUGUAAUGUCGGGCUUAAUUUCGUUGACGGCACGCCGUCUUCCCCGUGAUGUUCUUAAACUGGGAAUGCAGGCUGCUUGUAGCCAAGAAGUUAGCGCAUUAUGUGUAAUACGUCAGUUUUCAAGAUUGGAAGUAGCGACACAAAAACAUUUCCCAACUGGUAAUAAAGCCCUGACACCUGCAAGUUCCUCAUCGAAACGAACUAACCUUUACUUUGGUAAUCAUGGAAUUCAUACCACUUGUAAUUUGUGGGCAAUUGAAACAAUAAAGACGCCGGCAUUUCCGGAAUCAGUAGCCGAAGGUGAUAUUAAAUUUACUGUGAAGGUUGGCGAUUAUGUGGCUCAAGAUCAAGUGGUUAUGGAAGUCGAAACCGACAAGACAGCCAUGCCUGUGCCUGCGCCUUUUGGGGGAAUAAUUCGUGAGAUUUUGGUAGAAGAUGGUGCCACGGUGAAGGCCGGUCAGGCUUUAUUCAAAUUAGAGAAAGCCGAGGGUACUCCAACUGCCGCAGCUCCUGCUGCUGCUGCUGCUGCUCCACCACCACCACCACCCCCGAAACCCGCUGCUCCUGCAAUGCCACCACCGCAAGCUCGCGCCGCUCCACCACCUCCACCACCACCAGCACCAAGAGCGGCUCCACCACCACCGCCACCAAAACCGACAGCACCAGCUGGACAAAUUCCCGUGGCUUCGGUGCCUCCUGCACAAGCUGCUCCGCAAAUAAAGGUGCCACCAACGGACUAUUCCCGUCAAAUCACUGGCACGCGUACCGAACAGCGCGUAAAAAUGAAUCGCAUGCGUCUAAAGAUUGCCGGGCGUUUAAAGGAUGCGCAAAACACAAACGCCAUGUUGACUACGUUCAACGAAAUCGAUAUGAGUGCUGCCAUGGAAUUCCGUAAGGCUAAUUUGGAAGCUUUUCAAAAGAAGUAUGGAAUCAAGAUUGGUUUUAUGUCUAUAUUCUCGAAGGCUUCUGCUUACGCACUGCAAGAUCAGCCUGUAGUUAAUGCUGUUAUCGAUGGACAGGAAAUCGUUUAUCGCGAUUAUGUGGACAUUUCAGUAGCUGUGGCUACACCCAAAGGUCUGGUCGUUCCCGUGAUAAGAAAUGUUGAAGGCAUGAAUUACGCAGAUAUUGAAAUUGCGCUGGCUGCUCUUGGCGAUAAAGCAAAGAAGAAUGCAAUUUCCAUUGAAGAUAUGGACGGUGGUACCUUCACCAUAAGUAAUGGAGGAGUGUUCGGUUCGUUGAUGGGUACGCCAAUCAUCAAUCCACCACAAAGUGCUAUCCUUGGUAUGCAUGGCAUAUUUGACAGACCAAUCGCUGUAAAAGGACAAGUCGUUAUACGCCCAAUGAUGUAUGUUGCUCUUACUUAUGACCAUCGACUGAUUGAUGGGCGUGAGGCUGUUAUGUUCUUGCGCAAAAUCAAGGCUGCCGUGGAAGAUCCUAGAAUAAUGUUGGCUGGAUUAUAAAUGCAAUAUUCUAAUAAUAUUCGAAGGAGAUGGCAUUACAGUUGUUAAAAAUGGAACAUGUCUAACUUAUGAAAAAUUGGCCGAUUCGGAAAAAUAUAAGUUUUCAAUUUUUAUUUAUUCUGUUGUUUUAAAAACAAAUGUUAAUAUGUAUGUCCCAUCAGGGGUGACAAAUCUUUUUCAUGGUAAAAUAUAUUUUUUGAAUAUGUAA